GGAGGCGGCACACGGAGAGGACGGGGCGCGCGGCUCCGGGCGUUCUGGGAAGGACCCCGGUCCCUUUUGUCGCACGCCGUGGCCGGCCGCCGGCCGCCGCCGCCGCCGUCGUCGUGCAGACGCCGAGGGCUUCCAGCAUGGCGUCGGGGAGCGCGGUCGUUACGGACGCGAGGCACCCUGGGAAGCGGCCGUGGGCCUUGCGAGGCCUGGCCCUUAUUGUUCUGGGGAAGCCUUUGGGCCCUGUGGGGUCUCUUGGCCCGUCUUGGGGCCGGGUUAGUGUUGCCUCACAAGUCUGUGUCCGAGUUACUUGCAAUAGUGAGAGAGCCUCCUUUGCUCCUUUAUUAAUGUGGGAGCCAGCCCCGUCGCCAUAGGUGGGGUGGGAUUGAAGGACCAAGAGAAACCUCCAUCUGAUUACUGGAAUGCUCUGGUACUGCUUGUGUUGGCAAAGGGAAGGCAUCCCUCUCUACCUGCCAACAUCCUGUGUUAGGAGAACUUGUGACUGGAGAGCUGGCCGGGGAGGGACGCUGCCCAGCUGCUGCUCUGCUCCCGUCUCCUGUCUGCUCCCCUGGCCAUGACUGAGACCCGGGAGCCAGCUGAGACCGGAGGCUAUGCCAGCUUGGAGGAAGACAAUGAAGACCUUUCCCCAGGCCCUGAGCACUCCUCAGACUCUGAAUACACCCUCUCAGAGCCAGACUCUGAGGAAGAGGAAGAUGAGGAGGAGGAGGAAGAGGAGACCACUGAUGACCCUGAAUAUGACCCUGGCUACAAGGUGAAGCAGCGCCUUGGAGGGGGCCGGGGAGGCCCAUCCCGCCGGGCCCCCCGGGCAGCCCAGCCCUCCGGGCCCCCAGCCCAGCCCUGCCAGCUGUGUGGCCGCUCACCACUUGGGGAGGUUCCCCCAGGCACUCCACCUUGCCGGCUCUGUUGCCCGGCCACAACACCCCAGGAAGCCCCAGCUCCCGAAGGCCAGGCCCUGGGCGAGGAAGAAGAGGAGCUGUCUCGGGCAGGGGAGGGCCAAGCUGCGGGGCGGGGGGAUGAGGAUGAGGAUGAGGAGGAGGGGGGCACCUACCACUGCACAGAGUGUGAGGAUUCCUUCGACAACUUGGGGGAGCUGCAUGGCCACUUCAUGCUGCAUGCGCGUGGGGAGGUGUAAGCCUGAGCCCCGCCAAGGGAUGGGUGGGAGGAGGGGUGGAGGAGACCCCGGGGGUCUGGGCUCCCCCUUCUGUAUUGUCUUAGCAGUAGAUCCAUGAAGGCCAGAAUAAAAACCAGUUCUGUGUUGGGUCCA